UUUCGUACCUACCGUUCAAUGGACCUGGGGAACUAGACCAGCACUACGUACUUUGUGCGGGGGAAACUACCUCUAGAUUGGGGAAUCAAGAGCUCCCUCGAUUCCAUUUUUUUUUGCUUCUCAUGUGUCUUUAUCCGCUUUAUACAUCACGAACACCCCUCCUUCUCGAGGAUACCUUACCCAAACCCCCCGUUUUUUGUCCCUUUUUACCCCUUGAAUGGGAGUAUUGGCAACUCUACCUACCUACCUUACUUUGUACAUCUUCAAUUCCCCGCCGUCUACAUCUGGCACGACCUCACCCCACAACUGACAUGUGUGGCUCCUAAGGUCCAGGUGGUGGAAGAGUCCGGGGAUUUGGCCGGUGACACGAAGCAUAAACAUAGGGAAUAACCGGCCGCUCGACCCAUACUUUUUUGCGCGGCUCUGCUGGUUUGAACUGAAGAGCAGCGGGGAUAAAACCAUCAUGUGCGCAUUGGUUGUCUGGUGCUUCUAGGCCAGUGGAGCUCGCUUCUCACUAUACAAAUUCCAUGAACCACUUCACAGUCAUGUCAGGGGCUACAGCAUGUAUCAUCACAAUUGGCAUCUUUGGUAUCAGCCGCAACCAUUACCACCACUACCACCACUACUCGUACCCCCUCAUCCACCUCUACAGCCACUAAUACCAGUAUUCCCGCCGCCGCCGCCAGCACCACCACAGCCGUUGCUAAUACCAUUGGCGCCACCGCUGCCUCAGCGGCUUCCCUUGCCUCCUCCUCCUCCACCUCCACGGCCGGCUCCACCACCUGCUGAAUCUGUCAUGGGGGACUACAUCGUCACCAAAACCACCCCGAUGCCGGUGCACCUCCUUGGAGGAUGCAACCGCGAAGCGCAGCGGGCUCAUCUCUUGGCGGACAUGCUGGAAUCUCUCCGCCAAGCCGUCUCGGAAUCUCUGCAUACCCACAUGGUGGCCGUGGGGAUCGAGUUGCGUCAGACCUGCCGUCUCCUCCGGGAGCUGACCGAAAGGGCACACGUCCAUGAGAGGCGGGUCCCCGUGGCUCUCGACUACGUCCAGGUCCUGCUCCCCUGUCUCAUGCGGACCCUGACGGACAUGUGGCAGUAUAUCGAGGACAAGACGAUGCCGAGGGAUACGCGUUGGCGCAAGAUGUACAACGACUUGACCAACGAAGGUGGCAUGCCGCUGCAUCAGCGCUUCUUGACGUACAAUAACUUUUUGUACCUUUUGAACCAGAUGGUUGCAGGCUCGCCGCAUUUUGAUUUACAUGCCUUGGAGCGGUUUCAAGAAAAGAUCUUAAGCCUCCGAGUCAAAAUGGGCAUUAACAAACUUCCAGCUCGCAUUGGUCCUCCUCCUGAGCAGGCUCUCGUACAAAUCUCGGCUCGUGGGCAGACGACGAAUCACUGGGCCAAACAUGUGUACAAGCGGUCUCUUGCAUCACGCACUCCGUUGGAAGGGAAAAAGCGCGAAUCUGUCGUACACACCAGAAAUGGUCAUGCAAGCGAGCUUUCUUAUCCUCAGGGUACCGAGCUCCUGUUCAGAAGUGUGUUUGACAACGAAAAUGUCUCCAUGUCCUUUUAUCUCAUACCGACCUACACCUCUGCGAAGACGGCCAAGAGGGCCCCUUUUAUUGUCGGCUGCCACUACCGCGACGGCUUCCCCAAGAGCUCGAAGCAGGGGGUCCAUGAGCUCUGCAUCAGGAAAUCCGGCGGUCGAGGUCUGGUGCUCACCGGUUGGGACGACAGGAAGAACCGGCCGUCGCCGUGGGCGGCGCUUGCUUUCAACACAUGGGAGGAGAUGGUGUUAUUUUACUGCUCUUUCCUUUCGUUAAAAGUCUCUAGCCCACUCAUGAUGAGCCUCCAGCCUGAUGAGUGGAAGCUUGAGGGCGAGCAUAAGAUGUUUCAAGCUAUGAUAAUCGAAGACGGGGCUGAACACUCCCUGCAAGUGCUUGAAGACUCGAAUUGCGGAGGCCUGCGGCUUCUCACCGAAGUCUCACGUGGAGACCAGCAAUACCGGCCUAUCUGGACCGCGUUUGUCACGCAUCAAUGUCAGUCUUCUACAUGGUUGGAAAUUAUCAGCCAGAACGUCGUAUGGGUUAAAGAAUUACAGCUGUACGUCUUCUCAACCCGGUAUCGCGAGGAGAACAUGCGUCAGAACAAAUACGGCGCUUUUGAAAUCCACUUCAAGCAGCCUGCUGCCGCCGCGAGGUUUGCGCGCUGCUUCCUCCCUCCACCGUCACCUCCUGCGUCGGUCAUGCACCCCGAGGACAUCGAAGAGAGGAGUGAGUCGAGGGAGUCAAGGCUGGCCGCGUCGGUCGACUCGACGCGCAGCGGGUCUCUUCCGCCCCUACAUGGUCCUCCUUGAGAGUUCUGGUCGUUCUGGGGACACGGGUGGCGUUCCGAGGAGUAUUUGGCCCAAGACCUUGGACAAGAAAAAGCAAAGCAUGUAUUCCUUUUCCUUGUUUCCCAAACAUCGAUAUCUUCGCUAUACGCUGAGAAUCUCCCCUCUCAAUUUUCUGGUCAAUCCCUCCUUUUUUUUUGGCUUUGGGAGUUUGAUGACCCUAAAAAGCAAAGAUACCCGGCUGGCUUUCCCCAUCGGUGGUCCUCUUACCUCUGGAGUCGCUCUUUGUUCGCAAUGGCAUCUCUUUUCCAUGGAAAGGAAACCUGUCUUUCGGCUUUGCAUUUUUCUCCAGUCAAGAAGCUCCCUUGAGAGGCUGUACUGACUGAGAUUUACGUCUUGUAUAUGAGAUAUGCUUUGAUGAUAUCAUGAUUAAAUGACAAAAUUUAUGAAUUUCAGA